CUGCUGCUGUCGAUGAAGAUGAUGGAAAACGCGCGAAUUCAAACGCCGUUUGCAGCCUAAUUUUAUUCCUCUGUUUACAAUUAUUUUUAUUCUCGCGGAUAAAAUUGUAUUGGUCUGCAGCUGAUUAAACUUUUUUUUCCCCUUAUAUAAAGCCCUUUGAAUAGAAUGGUGGUUGAGCAGUCACUUUUACAACUAAGGACAGUUAAACUUUAUAGCGUGUAAUUUGACGAUCAAAUUGACUCAGAUUGCUCUUUUGCAUAUCCCUAACUAUCGCGGAAUUCCCGAAGAUGAAAAUAAUUAAUAAACUAUGAUUUAUUUAUUUAUUUAUUUAUUUUAUUUUAUUUAUUUUUUUGGUCACAAGGUCCUUACAGCAGAGUAACUGUAUAUUACUACGAGAGGCUCCGGGUAAGAGUGAAAAUGUCAUGUAUAUUUCAGCAGAGACUAAUUUCAAAGCGAACUUCUAAAAUAACUGUUUCUAUUGUAACUCUACACUGAGCCAUUUUAUUCUCUUUCUUACGAUGGUUCCUCAUCAUCGCCAUUGGAGGACAUCUGAUCAACUUUAGCACGUGAAGGAUGCGACACAGAGCGCGAUAUCCAGAACAAGUUGCUAUGCAAAUAAACAUUUUACUAUGUAAACACACGACUGAAUUCUCAACCGUCUGCUUUAUUUAACCAGCUCCUGAAACUCUCUCUCGUGUUCAUGUCAAUUAUUACCACAAGGGUGAGAUUGCCGCACACUUAGAGAGCUCGUCGUAGAGAAAACCGGGAGGUGAUUGAAGACAUUUACAUGAAUAUUACGGAAACGUCUUAUAUCAUGAGCGAGUAUGAUGGCAUGGUAGAUUUCCUGUGCGCCACGCGCGUGAGUUGAGGAGCAACAUCAAAGGCGCGAGCUGGAAUUGAGUAACACGAGCUGUACACGUAAGAGACAGCUGCAUUCACAUAGAGCCACUGUGACGGGCUCUUCUCUUGGGUCAGUGCCAGCAGUUAGCUACUUUAUCCAUCUCCCGUUUACUCAAGUAUAUCCAUACCAGGAGCGAAGAAGGUGGUGUCUACGCGUCGCAAGACUGGAGGUAAACUGUGUAUUUUGAGUGGUUGGGGUUAUUCUUGUGUCUAGUGAAACAUAUUUCGUGUCUGUGGUUUAUCUGGCUCUCCCGUCGCAUCUACCAGAAAUAAAACAAUACGCAUGCCACAUGCGUUUGGGUCCGCGUUGGUGAUGCCAUGCCCCUCAACCACAGCGGAGAUGAGGCCGGCUCCGGCCUCUGGAUGAACACAUCUCCGGGGCAACACGCCGAAAGUUACGGAUCACACAAUGUGGAAUGUGGUAAUAAGAUGAAGAACAAUUCCUCACGGGCAGUGGACGGCUUGUUGUCCGCAUCUCAUGCCGGCACAGGUGCAGCGGGCACGGAGAGAGACCGGGGGAAACAGGGCGCUCGGUUGAGUCUGCUCGGGAAGCCCCUGGUGUACGGCUCGCAAAGCGGCCGGAGAAACGCGCGCUACCGGAGGAUUCAAAACUACCUGUACAACGUGCUGGAGAGACCUAGAUCCUGGGCUUUCAUCUAUCACGCUUUUGUGUUUGUCCUGGUUUUUGGCUGCUUAGUGCUGUCUGUCUUCUCCACCAUUCCAGAUCACCAGGAAAUGGCCUCUGAAAGUCUUUUCAUUCUGGAGUUUGUGAUGAUCAUUGUGUUUGGGCUGGAGUACAUCAUUCGGAUCUGGUCUGCCGGUUGUUGUUGCCGAUACAGAGGAUGGCAGGGGCGACUUCGCUUCGCAAGAAAGCCAUUUUGUGUCAUAGACAUUAUAGUGCUGAUUGCCUCUGUUGCUGUGGUUUCGGCGGGAAGCCAAAGCAACAUCUUUGCAACAUCUGCACUGCGAAGCUUACGUUUUUUACAGAUCCUGCGAAUGGUACGCAUGGACCGCCGUGGAGGCACUUGGAAGCUAUUGGGAUCUGUAGUUUAUGCACACAGCAAGGAAUUGGUUACUGCCUGGUACAUUGGGUUCCUUGUGCUCAUCUUUUCCUCUUUCCUGGUCUAUCUGGUGGAGAAAGAGUUCAAUAAAGACUUUGCCACCUAUGCUGAUGCACUGUGGUGGGGCACGAUCACCCUCACUACAAUUGGUUAUGGAGAUAAGACUCCUAAAACCUGGACUGGAAGAAUGCUGUCUGCUGGUUUUGCCCUGCUCGGGAUUUCUUUCUUCACUCUGCCUGCGGGUAUUCUGGGGUCUGGUUUUGCUCUGAAGGUACAAGAACAGCACAGACAGAAGCACUUUGAGAAGAGAAGGAACCCUGCCGCCUGCCUCAUACAGUGUGUGUGGCGUAGCUAUGCGGCUGAUGAGAACUCGGUUUCCGUUGCUACCUGGAAGCCUCAUAUGAAGGCGUUGCAUACCUGCAGUCCUACAAAGAAGGACCAAGGCGAGUCAUCUACAAGUCAGAAGCUGAGUUUUAAGGACCGGGUAAGAAUGGCAAGCCCACGUGGACAAAGCAUUAAAAGCAGACAGGCGUCUGUUACAGACAGACGAUCACCUGGAGCCGAGAUCAGCACUGAUGGAUCGAGUCCUACCAAGGUCCAGAAGAGUUGGAGUUUUAACGACCGCACCCGAUUCAGACCCUCCCUCCGUCUCAAGAGCCAAUCACGGUCCACUCCUGAAGAAGCCAAAACAUCACGUUUUCUGUGCCACCAGGCAACGCACAGACUGGAAAAAAGUGAGGUUAACGCUGGUGUCGAUGAGGGUUUUGAUGAGAAAGGGUGUCAUUGUGACAUGUCGGCAGAUGAUAUGCCAUCCGCGUUGAAGUCCGUCAUCAGAGCAGUGAGGAUCAUGAAAUUCCAUGUGGCAAAGAAGAAAUUUAAGGAAACCCUACGCCCUUAUGAUGUGAAGGAUGUAAUAGAGCAAUAUUCAUCCGGUCACCUCGACAUGCUCUGUCGAAUUAAGAGUUUGCAGACCAGGGUGGAUCAGAUUCUUGGUAGGGGGCAGAUGGCAAUGGAUAAGAAGAUCAGGGAGAAACUGUUGUCUGAUGGAGACAUGCUAGAAGACGUGAGCAUGUUGGGAAGGGUGUGUAAAGUAGAGAGACAGGUACAGUCUAUCGAAUCAAAACUGGACUCUUUGCUUGACAUCUACCGCCAGGUUCUGCAUAAGGGUUCAUCGUCUGGCCUCACUCUCUCCUCUCUUCCUCCCUUUGGCAUGGAGGAGACAUCAGACUAUCAGAGCACCAUCCUUAGUAAGGAUCUCUCUUGCUCUUCUCAGGUCAGCCAGACCCUCAGCAGCAAUCACCCCAGAGCUCUCCAACUCAUAUUAGCCCCCAAUGAACUCAACCUCAACCAGAACAACUCCACAACAUCUUCUCCUGGGCUCAAUCCAGCCUCUGCAUCACCAUUUAAUCCAUCCACUUUCCAGGUACCUUCAACUCCAUCCACGGAUUGUCCAUCAGCACAAGGGAGUCCAUCUCAGAUCCUCAGUUCCAACAGACUUCACUCUACUGGGGGUCACUUUCCUUGCGUCAGACAACCCCCUCCACCUCCUCUAUCCACAGCAUCUUCAAAACAUCAGCUUUCUACUGUACCUUCUCAACCUGGCCUGACCCGCAUCAUUGGACCCUGUAGGUCAAACCCAGCUGACUACGCCCAGUCUUGCUUUAAGGGAGUUGGCCUAGAAUUUGGGCUGAACUCUAGUGUGGGCUGCAAGCUUCAGCAGAGAAGCAGACCCAGUGCUAAAGAGGAUAGUUCUUGGAGGAGACAUAUAAGUCUGGAUGCAGAGAUGUAUAUGGACCCCCUGGCUGCAGUCUCUCCUCUUGCCCCAGAGCAAGGUCAAUGCAGUGGUGACAGAGGACUGGGGAAGUCUCUCUCUGUUCAGGACCUCAUGCAGCCAGUCCUGGUAGAUCUGGAUGUGGACAGACACUCUAGUCAGGCUAGUUUCUCCACCAGUGUUAGCAGCAGCCAGGACUCCUCAGCUGGGGGGAUUGAGAUGGGGGUGAGGGGUUGGCGAGAAGCUGAUCUCUUCAUCAGCGAUAGAGACCUGGAGAAUUCAACUAAGACGCUUGCUCAAGGGUUCAACUUUCUUUCCCAGCCCAACAUUGAUGCAUCCUUCCCCUCUGAGCUGCUUCGAACAAGUACUACAGCUGGUGCAAGCCACAGCAUAGCAAGUGGACAUACACCCAAUACAGGCAGCAAUGAGUCUAUCAGUAUGCCACAUGUUCGACUAAAAUAACGUAAUCCAACGUGUUACAAACUCUUAGAAAAUGCCUCCUACGGAAUGAACCUUGAAAUGAAAGCUUAUUUUAUUUUAGAAGUUUUUUGUAUUCUUAUUGAGGGCAAACGGUAUUUAGAACAUAAUGGAAUAGGGUGCCAAUUUUUCUCUUUCAAUUUUUUUAUAAUUGUUCUUAUGUUGUUGUUUUUUUAUUGUUGUUUUUUUCAAAGAAACAGUUACAUUUCAUAUAGAUCACCGUACAUGACAUAUCAUUGCAUGCAUUGUUCUUUUCAAAUGUACUGUAACAUUAACACAAAUGUACGGAAUGAGAUAGAAAGUGCUAGAUUUAUAAUCAAAUGGCUAAAAAUUAUCAAAGUCUGAGAUGGCAUGAACUUUUGAAUUGGACUGCAUGAACAUUGCAUGUCUCCAGUGCACAGACACAUCUCAGUCAGCAAAAGCCCUGUCACCAGCCCAAAAUUCAAAAAAUGACUGAAAAAGAAAAAAGUAUCAUAACAUCAAAGAGCAGAAAUAUUUUGCACCUUCUGAUUUAUCAUGUUAUACUACAAGGUCAUUUACUUUUCUAAUGUAAAAAAAAGUACCAGAUACAUUAAACAAAUUUGUUGUUACUGAAAAUUGUACAGUUUUGAUAAUGCAGAUUAACCCUUCAAUGCAUGGGAAUUUCACCAAAUUCUCUUACAUAUUCGGGUCUUUAGAGACCCAGCACGUAUAUCUAUCGCAAAUGGAUCUACAAAAUGGCCAGAUAGUGUAAAUUUUCAAAAUAGUUUCAAAAUAGUUUGAAAAUAAUAGAAUAAAAUGUAUUUUGAUGUAUUUUGAUGUUUUUAUUUUUCAUAUUUCAAAGAGACACUGCAACAAAUCAGGACAAAUCUAGAACAGGAUCCAUUUCUUUCACACUGAAAUUUCAGGAGAUGCAACUGGCUGUCAAACACAUAUUGAGCUACACAUAACACAUAAGAUACACAUAAGCUACACAUAAGUAUUUCCUCUGGCACUUACUGAGACUAAACAGAUGCACAACUUACAUUAUUUCAGUUGUACACUCAAAUGACAAUAGUCAUAUCAUACUGUUUAUGUGUUGUACUUGCUAUAGUUUACUUCUAUGUUGUUUCUUCAUCAAAUAGCAAUGUCAAAUGUAAAUCAAGUCAGUCGCUGAAACAUCAGUGCCACCUUGAGUAACAAAUAGCAUGUAUGUAUGUGUAGACGUAAAUGGGAUACUUAUAAUUUACCAAUGUCAUACAGAAAAUCACCAUAAUGCAGUAUUUAUUUUUAUGAAUAUAGUACUCAUUUCUCUUGAAAUAAACAAAUAAAUAGAUAUCCUGUUAUAGUAAACUUAUAUACAGUAGAUAUGACAUAAUCAUAAAAAUAUAUUUUAUGGAAGUGCGAGAAACAAAA